UCCUUCAGUGAGAGAGCAUGCCAGAAAAUAUUUAACAGGAGGACAAAACCAAUCUCUUACUUAUUGGAUCUGAGCUGGUUGGCAAAUUACUGGGGUUGUGAUGACAAGCCUGUACGCGCUUAUCACCACACUGGACCUGUAUCUUCUUUCUAUGGUCUGCGUGAGAGUCUGGCCAUACUCGCAGAGACUGGUCUUGAAAACUCAUGGAAACGGCACAAAGAGGUUGCAGAGUACUUCCAUAAAGGCUUGGAAGAAAUGGGCCUAAAACUGUUUGUGCAGGAUAAGAAAGCAAGACUCCCAACGGUGACCACAAUAGUAGCUCCCCCAGGAUAUGACUGGCGGGAAAUCACAGGGUAUAUUAUGAAGACCUAUAACAUAGAAAUCUCUGGGGGUCUUGGACCAUCUGCUGGCAUGGUUUUGCGUGUGGGAUUGAUGGGAUGUAACAGCAGCAAGGCCAAUGUGGACAAGGUGUUGGAGGCCUUGGCUGAAGCGCUAAAACACUGUCAUAAGAGCAGAGUCUGACAGCAUGACCCGCCAUCAAUAAAACGUCCAGCAUUUUAACCCUAUAUCAGUGGUGUUCAGUUAUUUAUGGCGAUGUCCCUCUUUGAAAGAAAAACCUUUGUGGCCCUCUUUAAACAAAAUGAAACACAUAAUUUACAUGCAGUAUCAUUAAUAUAGCUGACACUUACAAAUGUGUAAAAAAUAAAAAAAAAA